CCCCCGACUCGGCCAGAGUGCACGACCCACCCAGCCCAGCCGCGCACGGUUCCCCCAGCCAGCAGCCCAGCCCACGCCCAACCCCCCCCCGAGCCGCGCACGGCGCCCCCAGCCAGCAGCCCAGGCGGACCACCCACCGGACCGGACUACUCAAUCGUCGAUGUUUUCCACUCCAGAUCUUGUAUGUGAACUCUUCGAUCUUUGAAGAAUUUGGUAUCAUGAAAAGAAGAGAGCGUAGUUGGAUGUAUGAUAGACUCGACGGGCGCAAUCUUAAGCCCGACUUUCUCAAGGGGGUUGGAGAGUUCAUUGAGUUUUGCAAAGAGCAUCCAACAUGCAAUGAUGGUGACAAAAUAAGAUGCCCAUGCCCCUUGUGUGAUAACAGGCGUUUGAUGUCCAAUCGAGGAGAACAUUCAGCCAUCCGCAGUCGUUUAGGUGCACGUGGAGGUGGUCGUGAAGGUGGUUGUGAAGGUGGUCGUGGAGGUGGCCAUGGAGCUGACCAUGGAGCUGGCCGUGGAGGUACUACACGGGUGACCCAACCCUCACUGGAUACCUACUUUGAUGAUGACGAAACUCAAGGUGAAUACUCUGAAGAGGUGGUACCUGAUUCACAAGUAAAUGAAGAAGCUGAGGAUUCUGGAGUCGUUUGGAUGGCACCGGGUGAACUUUGGUUUGAUCACAGUUCCAUUUCGCGGGAUAUUACUAACGUCAUCCAGAAAUAUUUCAAGAGUCCUUGGACGUGUUAUACCAAAGUUGACAAGGAUACAAAAGAUCAUUGGUUCACUCUGUUCAAGAGGACCUAUAAAUGGUUGCCUGAGUUUGAUCACCUUGCUGUGCGUGAUUACCAUGCAAAUGCAUAUAAACGGGUUAAGUACAUCCACUACCAAAUAACAAGAAAGAGUAAUGGAAGGAAGCCAGAUUGGAUGUCUGAGAAAGUGCAUGCAGAUAUGAUGAAGCACGUGGAUGAUGAUGAAUUCAAGAAAAGAUCUGAGCAGGCUAAGAAAAAUAGAAGAGGGGGUUCAUUAACCAACAAUGUUGAACCAUCACAUUUCCAAGGUUCCAUUUCCACAACUGAGGCUGCAAAGAAAAUGGCAAAGGAAAGUGGAGGUGUGAUGCCUACAGCUGGUGACUUAUAUUUGAAGACACACACGAAGGAAGUACCGGGUAAAGGGAAAGUCCCUUGUAGUAGCAAAGCAAAGCAAAUCAAGGUAACUUACUAUUAUUCAAACAAAGCUUAUGAAACACGUUUUAAGUUUAAAAUCAACCCUUAGUUCGUUUAUUUGAAAAAUGGGAGCGAAAAUGCCUUAUUUGGUCAAUAUAGGUCCUAUAUCGACAAAAUAUGACCUAUGAAACAUGUUUUAAGUUUAAAAUCUGCCCCUAGGUGAUUUAGUUGAAAAAUGGGACCGAAAAUGCCUUAUUUAGCCUAUA